AUGGGCCAGCCAUCGAGUCCACAGGUCCAUACAUGCUCGCGCUCAACAGCACGUUCACCUGCGGCCACGAAGUCCCCGCUUCCCGUAUUCCCCUCACCCAUUGCUCCACGUCCGGCCGCCCAAUCCACGCUCAAAAAUCUCGAUCUCGGCCGCGCCAGUGUCCUCAAAACACCGCCAAGGAGGCCGCGCGACCCACGAUCAUCACCUGCGCAGUCCGUGUGCUCCAUAUCUACAAAGUCCCCCAGCAAAUCCCCGACUGUCCGUAAGGAAGUACGUGCGCGUUCCUCGUCUAUCCCUCCUCUCCCCACCCAGUUUGGUAUCGGUACUUUCAUAGCGCACCCAGAAGUGCAACGCGCCUUCUUCCCGAGUUCGGCGGGUCACCAGCGUGACCGCAGUUCGAGUCCUGUACGCCCUACAUCACCGCUCCCCUGCUCCUCCCCCAUACCGCAGCAUCAGCGUGAAUGCUCCCUGCCGCUAUCUGAAGCCGGUCUCAGCACAGCGGACACUCAGCUCGAUCCCGACCCGAUCCACGAUGCAUAUAAGCUUGGGUAUUACAACGGGCGAGUUGAAGGCAGAAAGGACGCCCUCAUCGAACAGAAGGCAGUCAAGACAUGCAACUCUUCUGAGGUGCAGGAUACUGAGCCAGUAUCGACUGCGGGGGACCUCACGUUGGUUGCGUCUGACGAGCCUGAUAGCCCGAAGUCCCGUGUCCCGACCCCAGACAUCAUAUCAGGCUGUGAACUUACUCCAGCGACGCGCAAGCGCAUCGCCGCGGAGCUCCAGCCCGCCCAUAUCAGCCUUCAAGCCGUCAAGCGAUUCAAGGUGGCGCCAUAUGUGCCCGACUGGCAGUACCCCGAACGGAUGUAA